UGCCAACCAAUCAGCGUUUACGUUUCCCUCCACAACCAGCUAGUUUUGUAGCUAAAUGAUACGGAACCCGAAAACCCACCACGAAACAACGCGUUUUUAUUUCAUUUGUUAGUAUUUAUUGAUACAUCAAACGACAUCAAUAAUCAACGUUUUGUUUACGGAUAACACGCGUGGUAACGUACCUCUAUCGAGGAUAACGUAGCUUUAAUAUUAUAAUUUUUUUUUUAACUGCACCAGCUUUAUGUGAGGACAAAGGCCUACACAUUACUCGCUGCUUCCAACGCAUGUAUCCCUCUUGGGGUAGUAACUAUGGUGGUGGUGGCGGCCAUCAACCACCUUCGCAGCAGCACUUCGGUGCGCCGAGGGGUCAGUCUCCUCAAGGCGAAGGUUUCGGGGGAGGAUUCGGGGGUUAUGGAGCUGUUACACCCGCAGCUACACCCGGGUCAACGUUCAACAGCCUGCGGGAACAGCAUCUCCAGCAGAUGCAGCAACUGCAACAGCUCCACCAAAAACAGCUUCAAUCUGUGCUGCACCACGACAGGAACGUAAAUGAAAACCCCUAUGGUGGAGGUGGCGGUGGUCCUACAGCCGAGUUGUGGCAAGGCAACUCGGGAUAUGGGUAUGGUUCAACGGGGGCCGGUGCCCCUUCCUCUUACCAAGAUGAGUAUCAGUCCACGCAAGGCCCUUCUCCUUAUCAAGAUGAGUAUCAGUCCAUGGAAACCGGGGCGACCAGCCCACAACUUCAGCCACCGCAGCCCAAAGAGACCCAGCUUCCCCCAUCAGAGGCGAACCCACCCCCAUCAGAGGCGAACCCACAGGUACCCACUCAGAACAAUGGUACACCCACGACUAAAGAGGAGCAGCAGCAGUAUUGGUACAAGCAGCAUCUCCAGAACUUGCAGAGGCUGAAAGCGGAGAAGGCUAAACAGGGCCAGGGCGAUGGCCCAGCACCUCCCAAACCCCAGCCUCACUCGGCGUCAGCCGCCCCUCCCCCUCCAUCGGAACCACCCAAGAACGCCCCUCCACCACCCCCACCCAAAGAGCAGCCCCCACCACCACCUCCACCUGAUGACGAAACGCCUGCCCCCACGACCCAGGACCCAGUAGAGGUGGCCCGCCUGCAGCAGCUCCAGAGCGCAGCGGCCCAGUGGCAGCAGGCCCAGCAGCAGAGAGCGAGCUACCAGUACCAAGCCCUGAUGCAGCACCAUGCUCAGCUUCAGGCCAUCCUCAACCAGUACCAGCAGUGUAUCCAACAACCUGCACAGCUAGAGACAAUGUCUAUUGCCAUGCAGCUGAGCCACUAUGAGACGCAGCAGCAGAAGUUUGGCCCGGUGUUUGCAGACUGGGGCCGCACCUUCAGCCUGUGGCAAGAGCAGUUCCAGUCCUACCCACAUAAAGACCAGCUACAGGACUAUGAGUUACAGUGGAAACAGUGGCAGGAACAGAUGAACUCCACCUCAACACACCUACAGGAGAGGGUCACCACCCUGCGAGCCAUGCAGCAACAGUACGGAGGUAGCGACAGCAGUGGUCAGUACGGCGCUGACCAAUACAGUAGUAGUGACCGGUAUGGUAGUGGAGGGUACGGGGACCAGUACAGCCAAUAUGGUCAGUACCCACACUCUGGAUCGGACUCGCAGAUUCAACAAGGUCACAUGGUGAGCCCGUCCAUGCCGUCCCAGCCAGGUAGCCAGCCCUCGUCCACGUCUGGACCCAUGUCCCAGGGCCCUCUACCAGGGCAGCACAGCCCCUCCAGCGCCCAACGCGUGGGAACCCCAACAGGAGAACCACACCAGGGCCCUCCACCAGGGCACCAGGGCCCUCCACCAGGGCACCAGGGCCCUCCACCAGGGCACCAGGGCCCUCCACCAGGGCACCAGGGCCCUCCACCAGGGCACCAGGGCCCUCCACCAGGGCACCAGGGCCCUCCACCAGGGCACCAGGGCCCUCCACCAGGGCACCAGGGCCCCUCCAACGCCCAACGCAUGGGAACCCCCACAGGAGAACCACACCAGGGCCCUCCACCAGGGCAGCACGUCCCUCCACCAGGGCACCAGGGCCCUCCACCAGGGCACCAGGGCCCUCCACCAGGGCACCAGGGCCCCUCCAACGCCCAACGCAUGGGAACCCCCACAGGAGAACCACACCAGGGCCCUCCACCCGGGCACCAGGGCCCUCCACCCGGGCACCAGGGCCCUCCACCCGGGCACCAGGGCCCUCCACCCGGGCACCAGGGCCCUCAGUCAGAGCAAUACAACCUAUCUGGACCCCCUGGUAGAGGGACAGGCCCAGGAGGGAGAGGGUUGGCCAGACCACCAGGUCCACAAGGAGGACAGCCUCCAUCCUACCAAGGCCCCAGAGGAUCAAGGUUUGAUGGUCCGAGAGGGAACGGCCCGCGGUUUGACCAGCAGCAGCAGUCCGUUCAACAGCAGAGGUUCAACGCUCCACCAGGUCCCAGGUUCAACCAGCAGCACCCAAGGUUUGAUCAGCUUGGCCCCAGAGGACCAGGGCCUCGGUUCGGACAGCAGGGGCCCCACUUCGACCACCCCCCAAGACAGAGCCCACCAGCCCGCUUUGAAAGACCCCCAGGUCCCUCAGCACCCUAUAUAGGCCCACAGCCUAAACCAGACACUGGCAAAGACACCAAACUAUUUCAGGCUAAGACUGAGAUGCCAGCAGGCUCCAAGCCUCCUGGUAUUAAAUCUACUGGGCCAGCUAAACCAGUAGCAGACAGUACAACUAAGCAAGGUGAAUUGGCAGAACCAGGGGAUAUGCCAGAGGACAUGUUGGAGUCCCUCGAGGGCUUCUUCGUCCAAAACGACCCUAUCCCUCAGACGAAAGCAGAGGCUGAUGCUGCUGCUGCUGCUAGUAAGGACUCCACUGCCAAAAAGGAAGAGGUGAGCCCCCUUGCUGCUGCCGGUGCCAAGCACCCCGUGUCCAUCACCAGUUCUGUAUCCCCGAAAACCGCUUCCCCUGCCAAGAACGCUCUCAACCCAGGUGGACCGGCUGGGCCGUUGAAGACCAACGUCAAUAACAACAACGGGCUUCGGGGACCACAGGGGCCUAAGCCUCACGGACCGGAGCCGCCAAAGACCGACUCAAUGACCAACCAACCACCUGGCCUUCUGGGGCACAUGGGCCGUGGUAGAGGGGGACGUGGCCAGCCUCUAGGGCCUGUAAGAGGGGAGGAGGACGGAGGUAUGAGGGGAGGGAGAGGACGAGGGGAGGCGCACAGAGGGAUGAGGGGGGGGAGAGGACGAGGGGAGGCGGACGGAGGGAUGUGGGGAGGGAGAGGGCGAGGGGAGGCGGACGGAGGGAUGUGGGGAGGGAGAGGGCGAGGGGAGGCGGACGGAGGGAUGAGGGGAGGGAGAGGGCGAGGGGAGACGGACGGAGGGAUGAGGGGAGGGAGAGGAGGACGAGGGGAGGCGGACGGAGGGAUGAGGGGAGGGAGAGGACGAGGGGAGGCGGACGGAGGGAUGAGGGGAGGGAGAGGACGAGGGGAGGCGGACGGAGGGAUGAGGGGAGGGAGAGGACGAGGGGAGGCGGACGGAGGGAUGAGGGGAGGGCGAGGGGAGGCGGACGGAGAGAUGAGGGGAGGGAGAGGACGAGGGGAGGCGGACGGAGGGAUGAGGGGAGGGAGAGGCCGAGGGGAAGCGGACGGAGGGAUGAGAGGGCGAGGUGGUCUGUGGGGACGUGGAGGGAAACAGUCGGGUAUCCCAGACUUCAGUCCCAACACUAUCCCUCUGGGAGGUGGGAGGACGGAGGACGACAUGGAGGGGGUUCCUUACGACUACAGACCUCCACAUGAAGAGAUGAGAUCACAACAUGGAGGACCAGAGGAGGACUGGCAGCAGCAGGAGUGGCAACAGGACCCUUCACUGGAGAAACCUGAAGAUCCUCCUCUGCCUGAAGAGGAGAUGUGGGUCCCUGAAGAACACUACUACCCUCCAGAAGACUACUACGAAGACCCAGGGAGAGGAGGUCCCCCUAUGGGGAGAGGAGAGCCUCUAGACGGGCACCACUGGGAGGAAGCAGACCCCCCACCUCCAGAGUACUGGGGAGAGGAAGGAGAUCCCUACUGGAUGGACCGGAGGCCCCCUCAUGGCAUGAGAGGAGGCCCCCGAGCCCCCUUUCCCCCUGGGCGUGGUCGCCCCCCACGAGGCAGGCCUGGCUUCAUGCACCAGGGGGGUCCCAGACGCCCCCUUCCUCCUCCUCACGGAGCCAUGGACCUCCAUGAACCUCUCGGAUCCCCCAUGGGGCCUGACGAUGACAUGGACCCUCUGGGACCCCCACUGCAUCGGGAUUACAACCCCCGAGGGCCGACCAUGCACCACGAUAUUAUGGAGAGAGACAUGAGGGGGCCUGGUGGUCAUCCUCCAUACCACGACAUGGAGAGGGACUCUGGCUGGACCACGGGCCCUGGACGACCCCCCCACCUCGGCAGAGACGGGCCAAGAGGUCCCCCUCCGCCUCCCCAUGAGAUGAUGGGGCGGGGAGGGAUGAGGAGGCGUCCGCUGGGCCCUCGGGGCGCCCCAAUGGGCCGGGGCAUGAUGCGGCACCCACCUCGCUCACUCGAGGACUUGGAGGGGUACCCCCAUGAGGGGUAUGGGGAGGAGUUUGGUGGUCCCGGUGAUGACGGGUAUGGAAGAAAGCUGCCGCCACGUGACUGGCCGGACCACCCCCCACAUGAGUACGACUGUGAGGAUGAGUAUUAUCCCCGUGAGCCGCCUCCUCGUGUUGGGGAGUGGGAUAGGGAGAGAGGAGGACCACUACCAGAGAGGGACUACCCUCCCUACCCUCCCCGCGGUCCUCCCCCGGACCGUUUCAGAGACGACGAGUGGGCCGAUGAGAGAGACCGAGACCGUCCUCCAUACCCCUACGAGGGAGAAGAGCGUGGAAGAGGAGGAGAGCUCCGAAGUCGUGACUUCCCGGACGACCCUUUGUACAGGCACGAUGAACCCCCCUACCCACCCCCUGCGGAAUGGGAGAGACCCAGACCACCCCUUCCAGAGAGAAACUACCCGCCAGACUUUGAGGACCAUAGGCCCCAUUACGACGGGCGACCCGAGCCCCCUAGAUCAGAUCUAGGUAUCCCUCCAUCCACAACUUCCCAGGCCCCUGCUCCUCCCAGUACUGGACCAGACAGUUCCUCGGAACCAGCCUCACAGGGAACUGGACCGGGCAUACUGGCUCUGUCACAACGACAACAUGAGAUCAUCCUGAAAGCUGCCCAGGAGCUGAAGCUCAUCCGGUCUGUUUCUCUGGUACUGAACAGAGAAAUGCAGGAGAAUAAGACUGAGGGAGAGGCCCUACCCAUCAUGUCUGACCCCAAGACGGAGCUCCCUGCUGGGCUACUGGGGUUGGAGAUCCCCCCCGAGGUCCGGAGUGCCCUCCAGGCGACCAACCUCAUGUCCAGCACUGCUCCUAAUAAAACAGUGACCUGGGGUGACACCAAGCCUCCAGAUACUGGUUACUUGUCCACGGCUCCUCCAGUCAUCUCCAAGACUGUGGACUAUGGACAUGGACAUGACCUCGGUGCUUCCACAGUGGAGAGGAUCUCUUACGGCGAGAGGAUUGUGUUGAGACCCGAUCCCUUACCUGACAGAGAACGAGAGAGGAGCUAUGAAAAAGAACCCCUGGGCCCCCUGAGAGACCCCUACCACAGAGACCUGUACUACGACAGACGACCAGUAGACCCCUACAUAGAGCGCAGGGAGUACAGCAGAGAGAGGGAGAUGUACAGAGAAAAAGCUCCCAUGGACUUUGAAAGAGAACCAUUCGAGAGGGAACGCUAUCCGCCUCGAGAUGACAGACCACCCCCCGGCCAUCCUCCACCUCGCCCGGGCUACAGGGAGAGGGACAUGAGGGAGGGCAGCCGGACCAGUAGAGAUGGAGAGGAUCCUUAUGGAAGGCCUGGGGGUUAUGACAGACCUCCGUACGAGCGUGGGCCUGAGCGUGGGCCUGAGCGCUACGACCAUGGUCCCUCACCAUACGGUGAACGGAGGAGUUACCCAGAAGAGAGAGGAGGAGGAGGCCCCACGUCGUCCCACCCUCCUCCCCCCCCACCGACUGCUCCUCCUUCCAGGAUGGAGAAGAAACCAGAGACCAAGAACGUGGAGGAUCUUCUCAAACUACCAGGCCGAGACACUCGUCCAGAAAGGAUUGUCAUCAUAAUGAGAGGCCUACCAGGAAGUGGUAAAAGUCAUGUAGCCAAGCUGAUACGGGACAAGGAGGUAGAGUGUGGAGGGGCUCCACCCAGAGUGCUGGGAUUAGAUGACUACUUCAUGACGGAGGUGGAGAAGAUGGAGAAGGACCAAGAUACAGGGAAACGAGUCAAACUCAAGUGUCUGGAAUAUGAGUAUGAAGCCGAGAUGGAAGACACGUACAGGAACAGUAUGCUAAAAACAUUCAGGAAAACACUGGACGACGGCUUCUUCCCCUUCAUCAUCAUCGACGCAAUUAAUGACAGGGUUAAAUACUUUGAUCAGUUCUGGAGUGCUGCCAAGACUAAAGGCUUUGAGGUGUACUUGGCUGAAAUCUCAGCAGACUAUCAAAUUUGCGCUAAAAGAAAUGCCCACGGGCGGAAGAUAAAGGAUAUCCAAAAGAUGUCCAGUAACUGGGAGUCGUCUCCACGUCACAUGAUGCGGCUGGAUGUCCGCUCCCUGCUUCAGGAUGCUGCUAUUGAGGAGGUUGAGAUGGAAGACUUCAAUCCUGAUGAUGAGUCGCUGAAGAAACCCAAGAAGAAGAAGGAGGAGGAGGAAGAAGACAUUAAGGGUUACAUUCCACAAAGCAAAUGGGAGAUGGACACUUCUGAUGCGAAACUAGACAAGCUGGACGGCCUGGUGAUGGGGGGGAAGAGGAAAAGGGAGGGAGACGACUUUCAGCUAACAGACGACUACGCCACACGCCACUCUGAGCCUGGCAAGAAGAGGGUUCGCUGGGCUGACCUCGAAGAGCAGAAGGACGCCGAACGCAAGCGCGAUAUCGGCUUUGUGGUGGGUCAAACAGACUGGGAGAAAAUCACCGACCAGAGCGGACAGAUAGCUCAGAGAGCUCUGAACCGCACUAAGUAUUUCUAGUAACAGAAGAUCAUUGCCCUCAUCCCCUGCUUCUUGGUUUAUAGGUCUGCAGACUGAAUAUCAGAAGUCAUCAGGACUACAAGCCGACGUUUAGGAAAUCCAUAGCUGUUUAUUCCAUUAUUAGAAUACAGGAUAUAGCUUUCUGUUGCGUUAGACAUUCUUGAUGUUCAUUUAGAAUAUUUGUAGUUUUUUAAUUUUCUUUCCUCCUAUGCUUUCGAUUGGCAAGUUCUUGCACCAGUGUGCUUCUCAUUUUAUACUGUACAAGCUGUAAUGUCUACAUGUAUGUUAGCACUGUUGCUUAUUUUAAGAAAUAAACCGAAGAAACAAUAAAGGUUUCACACACAAAACAACCAGGAGAGUCUCAUGUGAGUGGUCAUGUGGGCUACGUCAUGGAGAGUCUUCUGUGAUGUCUGUUUCAUGUGAACCACAUUCAGUAGAACCUCAAAGAUACAAACCUCAUUUUUAUGGUGAUAUUUUUUUUGGUCUCUUUUUCAAAGUUACGAACAUUACAGUAUUUCAAAACAUCCUCCA